GAGUGUCGCAUGUGGUUCAACUGUACGCCAUGAAUUUAUAUCAAUAAAACUUUAGCUUAAUUCUCCGAAAAUGUUGUUUAGUAAAGAAGUGCCAUGGCGGCAUCUGAAAGGACUGUCGUUUGGCAUGUACUCAGCUGAAGAGAUAAGGAAGCUGAGUGUGAAGACGAUCACUAACUUCAGGUUCCUGGAUGCUGUUGGGAACGUGGCCCCAAACAGCCUGUACGAUCUGGCCCUGGGACCAGCAGACAACAAAGAGGUGUGUUCAACCUGCUGUCAGGACUUCAACAACUGUCCCGGUCACAUGGGGCAUGUGGAGCUACCUCUACCUGUUUACAACCCGCUGUUCUUUGAUAAACUGUACCUGCUGAUCCGUGGCUCGUGUCUCUCAUGUAACAUGCUGCUGUGCCCCCGCGCCGCCAUGCACCUGCUGCUCAGCCAGCUGCGGCUGCUGGACCACGGGAACAUGCAGGAGGUGUACCAGGCGGAGCAGGUCCUCAGCCAGGUGGGUCUGAAGCACCUAGGGAAUCUAGUGAUGGAGAUUG